AGUCUUUUAUUCGGUUUGGCUUGACGCGGACACCCCAAAUCGCCUUAUGAUUGUUUAGACUUCAACGCUUUUCUCAUGUCCGUGGUUGUUUGUUUGUAAGAGAUAAAAACGGAAAUCAGUAUCAACUUAUCGUCGUAGUUUCUUGGUUACAGCCCAGCUUGUUCUGAGGAGACACGUCGACCCCCGGUCUCACUUCCGUCCGGUGACGGAUUCAUCGUAUCAGCUGUCGGGCAAAAGGAGGAGAGGAAGCAAACAUGCCUAAACCGAUCAAUGUCCGUGUGACCACCAUGGAUGCAGAGCUGGAGUUUGCCAUCCAGCCUAACACCACAGGAAAACAGCUCUUUGACCAGGUGGUGAAAACAGUGGGUCUGCGGGAAGUUUGGUUCUUUGGUCUGCAGUAUGUGGACAGUAAAGGUUACAGCACCUGGCUAAAACUGAACAAAAAGGUGACCCAGCAAGAUGUGAAGAAAGAAAACCCUCUGCAGUUCAAGUUCAGGGCCAAGUUCUUCCCAGAGGAUGUGUCUGAGGAACUGAUCCAAGAGAUCACACAGAGACUUUUUUUCUUACAGGUCAAAGAGGCCAUUUUGAAUGAUGAGAACUACUGUCCUCCAGAGACAGCAGUGUUACUGGCUUCAUAUUCUGUGCAGGCCAAGUAUGGAGACUACAGCAAAGAUGUCCAUAAGCCUGGAUACCUUACCCAUGACAGACUACUGCCUCAGAGAGUCCUGGAGCAGCACAAGCUGACAAAGGAGCAAUGGGAAGACAGGAUACAGACUUGGCAUGAGGAACACAAAGGAAUGCUCAGAGAAGAUUCGAUGAUGGAGUACCUUAAAAUUGCCCAAGACUUGGAAAUGUAUGGAGUCAACUACUUUGAGAUCAAAAACAAAAAGGGCACACAGCUGUGGCUGGGUGUGGAUGCUCUUGGUCUCAACAUCUAUGAACACGAGGACAAAUUGACACCAAAGAUAGGGUUCCCCUGGAGUGAGAUCAGAAACAUCUCAUUCAAUGACAAGAAAUUUGUCAUAAAACCUAUUGACAAAAAAGCACCUGACUUUGUGUUUUACGCCCCGCGACUGCGCAUCAACAAGCGUAUUUUGGCGUUGUGUAUGGGCAACCAUGAGUUGUACAUGAGGAGAAGAAAGCCUGACACCAUCGAAGUGCAGCAGAUGAAGGCUCAAGCCCGAGAAGAAAAGCACCACAAACAGAUGGAAAGGGCCCAGCUGGAGAAUGAAAAGAAGAAGCGAGAGCUUGCGGAGAAGGAUAAGGAAAGGAUAGAGCGAGAGAAAGAAGAGCUCAUGGAGAAGCUGCGGCAGAUUGAAGAGCAGACAAUGAAAGCUCAGAGAGAGCUUGAAGAACAGACUCGCCGAGCCUUGGAGCUGGAGCAGGAAAGGCAGAAAGCACGAGAGGAGGCUGAGAAGCUGGAGAGAGAGAGACAAGCAGCUGAGGAGGCCAAGGCAGAGCUGGCCAAGCAGGCUGCAGACCAGCAAAAGACCCAAGAGCAACUGGCUGCAGAACUUGCUGAGUUCACAGCAAAGAUUACUCUCCUGGAAGAGGCCAAGAGGAAGAAGGAAGAUGAGGCCACUGAGUGGCAGCACAAGGCUCUGUCUGCUCAGGAGGACCUGGAGAAGACCAAGGAGGAACUGAAGACUGCAAUAACAGUGCCCGCUCAUCCAGGUGGUCACGCCGAGCAUGAGCAUGACGAGCAGGAUGAGAACCACGCAGAGGCCAGCGCUGAGCUGUCCAACGAGGGCGUGAACCAGCUGGACCUCCGCAGCGAAGAGGAGCGCGUCACCGAAGCGCAGAAGAACGAGAGGGUCAAGAAGCAGCUGCAGACUUUAAGCUCAGAGCUAGCCGAUGCCCGAGACGAGACCAAGAAGACACAGAACGAUGUGCUGCACGCCGAGAACGUAAAACAGGGCCGAGACAAGUACAAAACGCUGAGGCAAAUCCGACAGGGCAACACGAAGCAGCGCAUCGAUGAGUUCGAAUCCAUGUGAAAGCAGAGCCGCCUACUUUCCCUCUACGUGCCCAGGCAAUCUGGUUAAAUUCCUCAUCAGACAUUGCCAAAGCUUCCUAAGAUAAAGCCACUCUGAAGUAAUUUAUCAUCAGAUCCAGGCAUCAUUGUUGAUCCUAAAGUGCUGGGGGGAAAAAUAACUGUAAAACCAAAAGCUAGAUUUUAUUUUUGAGUAAACCUCGCCAUAGAAAGCUACUUAUUUUAGUCUUGUUUUCCUUAACACAUGUAUGCAAAGCUUUAGUCAGAUCCCAAGAUGCCCUUCUUUUCUGCUUCUUUUGACUUGUUUUAUUGAUGAAUCCCUUAUUUGUAGUUCUCUUUAGCCCAGGUCAAAUCCCUGAAGGUCUGACGUUUGGGGAUCAACCAGGUCAUGAUGGUUGUUUAUUUGGCUUCGGGAAGCUUUUGUUACAUCAUGUCAAAACAUAUCAAAUAUUGGAGCUGAGGUUACUUCACUAUGUUCUCUCAAUUCAAACUAUGAUUUAACAUUUAGAGGUUUAUGUGGAAGAAAUGGAGCUGCAGUAUUUUUUUUUUAAUGGUUCACUUCCUAGUUGGUCCAGUUGGCAGUAUUUUCAGAUUUUAAGAGAAAUCUUUUCUGUGAAGGAAUUGGAAGCGAACAAAGAGCCACUUGUCAAGCAGCAGGUUUUGACGAUUGAAUGUAGCAAAGAUUACAAAGGGAAAAUGUUUUUCUUCUUUGAAUUUUUUUUUUUUCAGCUUGUGCCACUCAGCUGUCACCCUUAAGUUAAAAGUAUUAUAAAGAUAAGCUAAAUGGUUUGGUUGGAGUGCUGCUGUGGGGUUUGCAUGUGUGUGUUUGGGCUCUUCAGGUGUGCCCCAGUGUUUCAUUCCCAGUCACCGUCGAUGGUUUUCUCUGCCUACCAGCUCACAGAGGAAGCCAGGGAGUUAAAUGGACCGACGGGUGGAUUGGUUUAGUGGUUUUAAGGUGUGGAAGCUGAGGCCUCUCUGACUGAGGAGCUCAUGGAAACAUCAGUCCCAAGGUGGGACGCAUCUCUACCUCUCUAGUUAAAGCAGUGGUGACUGAAAGUCAAACACUUAGGGUGCGUUCUCCCUUCCCUGCCUUUUUGUAACAAACAAAUUAGUAAUGUGCUUUUUUUCUGUUAGGAUGACAACGUCCUUCCCCUUAAAUCUAACCAGUCAAACAAAAUAUUGGAAUAAAUAAAGUUUUCAAUUAUUUUUAUUAACAUUAUGUUAAAAUGUCUGUUUUGCUACAGCUGGUGUUGGUCCAUAUGAUGUUAGGCCUGUCUGUUGUGUUAAACCUCUGCGUCCUCUAGUACUGUUUUUGCCAUAGCAGGUGGAAAGAAAUGAUCUUGUGCUUCCAGCUCCUGAUUUUGUAUUGUGUUCAUAAAACUGGAAAACCAGCAGCCAAGUGUCGUUUUAGUAGCCGGCUCCACUGAAGGGGAAAACGCUCACUGACAUGUCCCCGCUCUCAAACUCUCCCUGUCCGAGCUGCAGGACUUCAACUUAAAGAAGCUGUUAUCUGUGGGGAUGAUGAUGAUGCUGUCACUUCCAUGUUUGUUUUUUCUUAUUUCUGAUGUUCAUGCUAGUAUUCUUUAAGAUAGAGGGCACAGGUGGAUCAUGGUCCAUUUCUAUGGCUCACAAAUAAAAGUUUUACAUUUUAA